AGGAGUGCGUGGCCAUGGCGGAGAGCAAGGAGGACCGCCUUUGCCGCCGCCUGCCGUAGCUGCCACCCUGCACAGGUCACCGCGGAGCACCCACCACCGGCCACACACUCUAAGCAGCCAGUGUUCGCACCCCGCCCGUGAGAUUGCUUUGAGAAGGUGUCCGCUAGACAUCCCACCUCCUCUCACCUUCCCGUGAAUUUCAUCCAUAAGAUGGGGGCCAUUAAUUUUGACCUCACUACCAAUCAAGGACAUCAGGAAGGCCUUGGCGGCGUGCUGGGCGGUGACUGCCAACUGGGAGUGAAGCUGGUGAAGGACUGGAAAGCUUACCAACUGUUUCCUGCAGUGCCAGAGCAGGGAGUCAGCUUGGGAGCGGCAGUCAGAAGAAAGAAAAGUGGCCACCAGAUGUCUCACGCAACUGGACUCACACGGCGCCGCGGCCACACAGCUGAUCUCAGAUCUUCCCGCACGCCACUUGAACAACAAUACAGUACCCACGCUGCCCCGCUACUAAACAACAACAACACCCUCGCUGCUGUGCUACCACGAGGGGAAGGGCACCCAGAGGAGGAACCACGAGAGGGAGAAGAGUCAGAGUGAUACAGUAGGCAAUAAAGCUAAGCAACCAUGAAGGCUACAAUGACAGCAAUGGUGGUGACUAUGGUGGUGAUGGUGAUGGUGGUGGUGGUGAUGGCAGCGGACACAGACGACGAGGCGAACCUGAUAUCGUCGCGGAGUAACAUCUCAACAGGCAAGUGCACAUCCCCACACAUCCCCAACGCCCAAAUCACACCCCACAAGAGGUCGUACCUAGUGGGGGAGGUGGUAACAUUGCACUGCCCCAGGGGAUUCAUGCCACGCUGGGAACACAAGCUGCACUGUGGGACUGGGGGCAUAUGGAAGACCCAGGAGGGCUUCACCGUGCUUCCCCGCUGUCGCUCCAUGCAGUGCGGACCCCCAGAAAGCAUACCGAAGGGGAAGGUACAGGUGAUACAGAGACCCGGGCUAUACAACGUGCCUGUCCAGGGCUGGGGCGGGGCCGGCGUAGAGGUAUCCGAGAAGGACAUAGGAGGGGAGUGGCUUCCAGAGAACACCUUGGCGGAGUACUCGUGUGAGGCCGGGUAUCGUCUGCAAACCUCUCUCUCCCCGCGCCUGCCCCACCACCUAACGUGUCACCAUGGGGAGUGGCAAGGGGAGGUGCCUCAGUGUGUGAGUCAGGGAUGCAGCGCGAGGGAGCCCGUCAUGAAUGGGUACUACCUUGAGGUCACUGGGUCAUGGGACGGGCAGGAGUAUCAGGAGUACCCAGCGGGGGCGAGAAUACAGUUCGUCUGCCACACUGGGUACAUUCUGAGGGGACCCGAUCGCUUCCUCUGCCAGAAAGGGGGAGUGUGGGUGCCCAGGAAGGUCGUGCCUCAGUGUGAACCGUCGCAGCAGCUGAUUGGCGCUGAGCUAUGCCCCGUGCCGCCUGAGGUGCCCCACACUCUCCAGAAGCUUGUUCGGGGAGUGGUGGCCGUCAGGGGUGCCGUGGAGGGGACCGAGGUGGCCUACCGCUGCCUGCCACGUUAUCGCAACACCCUGGCGCCAUGCAUCACCCACACCCUCACUUGCAGAGCUGGGCAGUGGGUGGGAACGUCGCCAGAGUGUGAGCCCUUCAACAGCUGCAUGCCCCCACAGAACAUCCCUCACGGCACACUCUCGGACAGUGCCUCAUCCUUCCCAGUGCAGGCCCAGGUCUACUACCAGUGUGUCUUGGGUUACAAGUUGAUGGGUCCCUCCGUAUCUGUGUGUCUUUACUCUCCUCCUCCUCCUUCUCCUCCUCACUGCUUGUCCGCCCCGCCACAGGUCUAUUACCAGUGCGUCUCGGGCUACAAGCUGAUGGGGCCCUCUGUGGUGACCUGCCAGGAGUACACAGGCUGCUGGACCCCUCGCCUGCCCCCUGUGUGUCAGCGCCUGCAUCAGUACAGCAGGGAAGAGCCAGUGAGGGGGGACAGCUCCAUCCUUGACAUCCAUACCAUCCUCGUGGCCACAACCGGGAGCGUCAUCGGCAUUCUACUCAUUGUUCUGGCGCUUAUACUGUACCAGCGAGCCGUCAGCCCCAAGUUGGUGCGUCUGAGGAGCAGCGGCAGUGGUGGGGUGGUGGACAUCCCCCCUGCGCCCCACCCCCGCCCCGCCAGCGCACCACCUCCUCACCCAGACCACGACCCAGACAGAGUGGCCCUCAUUGCCUUCCCUGAUGAGGGUGUUCCCCCCACCUACGAGGAAGCUGUCCGCCACCGCCCGGCCAUUCUCUUUGAGCCACCCACCGCAGCAGGGACAGGCGGAGGGGGGGCCGGCCGCUACACCCCCCAUGCCCCCCGCAGCCGCACACACAGGGUUGGGGUGCCUGGGGUGGUGGGGGUGGCGGUAGGGGGCCGGAGGAGCAGACACCGCGACAAUCCUGAUAAUAUUUCAUACCAGUCAAUUGGAUCUGCCCGACAGUCUUCAAGCACAUCCCGAUCAAUGAGUAUGCGCAGCUGGUCAGCGUGCGACAGCCUGGGCUCGACGGACACGGUGGCGGCCGCGAGCGACUCCACCAAUGUCACCGUGGACACGCAGAGCUCGGGCGGCGUCAGCACAGGCUCGGCACCCUCACAGGCCCCCUCCUGCAGGGCGCUGGCGGGCUCCCUGGCGUCCUUUGAUACGUCCUCGCUGGUGAAUAAUGAAGGGGCGCCGCUGCUGGAGGAGGCGGAGGUGUACGAUGGGAGUGUGGAGGAACCGCCUACCCACCCCCAGCCACACCACCCCCACCCCCACCACCAGCACCACCACCACCACCGUGGGGAGGACGAUCACCUGUCUUUGAGGGACACUGACUCAUUAAAGGAUCACAACACCUGUCCCACCCCCAACCCCCCUCACCCCCGCCCCCCAGCACCCCUCCCCCCGCAGGAGUAAUGUUAGGGGCAGUGAGAGAGAGAGAGAGAGUGUUUUGAGAUGUUUUAGGCUAGCCACCCCUUUGAAUUCAUAAUGAUAAGAAUGAUAAUAGUAAGGAUGGUAAAUAUAAUGAUAAUUACAGCAACAGUAAUAAUAAACAACACCGCCACCACCACCACAAACAUAAUCUCAGGUUAAAACUAAAGAAUCAUCGCAUUAACUUUUUUCUUCUUUACGAUUUCGGAAGAACGUCGCAAUACCGUUAUUUACAGUGCUGGCGGAUGAAGGCGGCACAGAGGACAACACUUCAGACUUAAAAAUGCUCGUAAAAUUCUGCUUGUCAGAAAUCUAGGAGGUCAGAAGUUCCGAUGUUCAAAUACUCAAUGCUGUGGACAGGUUUGCAGGGAUAUGGGGCUCCGUGGUGAAGUGAUUAGCAUGCUUAGUUAGGACUACACAGACCUGGGGAGUUGGUAUGCAGUCCACCCAGCUGUUCAUCCUCCCUUUUAGGCAGGUGGAUUAACCCCUUGACUAUGGAUUUCCUACAAGAAGACAUCACCAAGCUACAGGAAUGGAACAAAAAGUGGCUGCUACAAUUCAAUGAAGAAAAAUGUAAAGCCAUGCAAAUUUGGAGGGGAAAUCCAGCAUACCAAUACCACAUUGGAAACACUCCACUAUCCACUACAGAGGCAGAGAAAGACCUGGGAGUAUGUGUUAACAGGCUACCAGUGAAGGCCAAAUCCGUGCCAGUCGCAGCGGACGGGUUAAUGGGUGUCUGGGGAAACCUGGGGAAGGUAAACUGUGGUAACCUAGAAGUCACACUGGCCGUAGACUCGAGCCAAUGGGACAGAGGUGAGCACUGAGGCCAUGUGCAGCUAUACCGUACACCCCUUUUAUCCAUUAGUCUGCAAUAUCAGCUAAUAAGAAUGGACGUGGAUUACAUUCUAUUGGGAUUAUCACGGAAGAAAUGUCUAUGGACCGGCAACAGUGGAGGAGGCUCAUAUCCCGUCCAAUCCCACCAUAGGGAAUAAAUGGACGUUAAACGAUGAUGAUGAUGAUGAUGAUUAACAAACACAUGCCAGUUUUUAUUCAACAUUUCAGUCAUUCAUUUUUUUCUCUAUGCAAGUUUAUAGAGUACCAAAAAGAGAGAGAGGGAGAGUAUUAUACAGGAUAGGAAGUGAGUCAUACAGUUGAAGGUCUGGUUAAGAGGAGGAGGAGGAGGAGGAGGAGAAGACAAGAGAAGGAUUUGACGUCUUCAUAUAAUAUAACAAACUUCAUCCGCCAACACUGUAUAAGAUUAAACCAGUGCUAUUUAUACCAUAUCACGUAAUAUUAUGUAGCACAAAGCAUUAUUAUGAUAGUUAUAUUAUCUACCUGUCGCUAUAUAUACACAGUAAUAUAUAUUAUCUAAUGUAAAGGUUUUAGGUCAAAGUGUACAAGCCUAGUUUUAGUUUGUUUAUAUAUAUUUUUUUGACAUGUGGUAUUACAUGUACAUUGUAUUUAUGGAUUAUUUUCUACUAGAUUGUCGCCGGAUUUUUUAAAAGUGGCGUUGGUAUUUAUUAACAGUGCUGUCGAUUGUUUGGCUUUUGAACUCCACUUUUGGGGCGGGGUUACUUGGAAGUGUUGGAUUUCCACCGAGUUACGUUGACGUAUUGCAAACUCAGUCAUAAAAAAGAAGUGUUGCAUUUCCAUAGUUAAGUCAACACAAUAAAAAGAAGUGUUGGAUUUCCAUAGUUAAGUCAACACAAUAAAAAGAAGUGUUGGAUUUCCACAGUUAAGUCAACACAAUAAAAAGAAGUGUUGGAUUUCCACAGUUAAGUCAACACAAUAAAAAGAAGUGUUGGAUUUCCACAGUUAAGUCAACACAAUAAAAAGAAGUGUUGCAUUUCCACAGAGUUAAGUCAACACAAUAAAAAGAAGUGUUGGAUUUCCAUAGUUAAGUCAACACAAUAAAAAGAAGUGUUGGAUUUCCAGAGUUAAGUCAACACAAUAAAAAGAAGUGUUGUAUUUCCACAGAGUUAAGUCAACACAAUAAAAAGAAGUGUUGGAUUUCCAUAGUUAAGUCAACACAAUAAAAAGAAGUGUUGGAUUUCCAGAGUUAAGUCAACACAAUAAAAAGAAGUGUUGCAUUUCCAUAGUUAAGUCAACACAAUAAAAAGAAGUGUUGCAUUUCCAUAGUUAAGUCAACACAAUAAAAAGAAGUGUUGCAUUUCCAUAGUUAAGUCAACACAAUAAAAAGAAGUGUUGCAUUUCCAUAGUUAAGUCAACACAAUAAAAAGAAGUGUUGCAUUUCCACAGAGUUAAAUCAACACAAUAAAAAGAAGUGUUGCAUUUCCACAGAGUUAAGUCAACACAAUAAAAAGAAGUAUUGGAUUUCCAUAGUUAAGUCAACACAAUAAAAAGAAGUAUUGGAUUUCCAUAGUUAAGUCAACACAAUAAAAAGAAGUAUUGGAUUUCCAUAGUUAAGUCAACACAAUAAAAAGAAGUAUUGGAUUUCCAUAGUUAAGUCAACACAAUAAAAAGAAGUAUUGGAUUUCCAUAGUUAAGUCAACACAAUAAAAAGAAGUAUUGGAUUUCCAUAGUUAAGUCAACACAAUAAAAAGAAGUGUUGCAUUUCCACAGAGUUAAAUCGACACAAUAAAAAGAAGUGUUGCAUUUCCACAGAGUUAAGUCAACACAAUAAAAAGAAGUGUUGCAUUUCCACAGAGUUAAGUCGACACAAUAAAAAAGAAGUGUUGCAUUUCCACAGAGUUAAGUCAACACAAUAAAAAGAAGUGUUGCAUUUCCACAGAGUUAAAUCGACACAAUAAAAAAGAAGUGUUGCAUUUCCACAGAGUUAAGUCAACACAAUAAAAAGAAGUAUUGGAUUUCCAUAGUUAAGUCAACACAAUAAAAAGAAGUGUUGCAUUUCCACAGAGUUAAGUCAACACAAUAAAAAGAAGUGUUGCAUUUCCACAGAGUUAAAUCGACACAAUAAAAAAGAAGUGUUGCAUUUCCACAGAGUUAAGUCAACACAAUAAAAAGAAGUGUUGCAUUUCCACAGAGUUAAAUCAACACAAUAAAAAGAAGUAUUGGAUUUCCACAUAGUUAAGUCAACACAAUAAAAAGAAGUAUUGGAUUUCCAUAGUUAAGUCAACACAAUAAAAAGAAGUGUUGCAUUUCCACAGAGUUAAGUCAACACAAUAAAAAGAAGUGUUGCAUUUCCACAGAGUUAAAUCGACACAAUAAAAAGAAGUGUUGCAUUUCCACAGAGUUAAGUCAACACAAUAAAAAGAAGUGUUGCAUUUCCACAGAGUUAAAUCGACACAAUAAAAAGAAGUGUUGCAUUUCCACAGAGUUAAAUCGACACAAUAAAAAGAAGUGUUGCAUUUCCACAGAGUUAAAUCGACACAAUAAAAAGAAGUGUUGCAUUUCCACAGAGUUAAAUCGACACAAUAAAAAGAAGUGUUGCAUUUCCACAGAGUUAAGUCGACACAAUACAAACGCAGUCAUAAAAAGUGAUACAAAAACAAAUCAACAAAUCCAACUAACCGCACCUUCAAGAACGGGUCACAAAAGACAAGCCAGCCACAGCACCAUUAAGAAAGACCAACACGGCAUGCAAAAACCAGGCGUGUAUUGUGUUUGAGAGGCCACGGAACCUGACAGUGGUAUGUACUCAGCAGUUGCCAUAGUAGUAGUAGGCGUAGCAGUAGAUUGGUUUAAGUACUGAGAUGUAUUUGAUGGUAUACUAACCUCCUCUGGUGUGUGUGUGUUUGUGUGUGUGUAUGUAUGUUGGAGUGUACUCAGACGUUCUCUCUUUUUUGGUAGGAUAAGAACAAACCACUCAAUAGCUUACCCUAGGCUUUAGUUCACAUAUCAGGCACCUGGCGGGGAAGGGACAUACGGGACUAAGCCAUUUGUUUCUAGGUUGCACUGGGAAAGGCAGACCAGACUACACAUCCCAAGAACACAAAUCAAAUAGCUAGGAAAAAUUGACCUUGUAUUUGGUGUACCGAGCAGGUGUGGAGUCAGUGGAGUCGGGUACUUUUGGUCGGAGUCAGAGUCGGUAAAAAUACCCCCGACUCCGACUCCUUAACGUAAUCAGUUAUCAUGUAAUGUAGUUAUGAAGUCUUUUCUUUUACAUUAUCUUGAUGUUGUCUAUAUAGAGUACACGUAAUUUGCAUGUAAAUAUAUGUAAGAAAAAGGACCUCAAGAGAGUCUACCGGCGUUACAGGCAGCAUCUAAAAAAAAAAAAAAAAAAAUGCAAUAGAGGGGGAGGGGCAUGGAGGCCGGAGUUGGAGUCGGAGUCGGAGUCACAACUUUAAAAUUUCCCGGAGUCAGAAAAUUUUAACUCCGACUCCACAGCCCUGGUACCGAGUGUCGCUUUUCCCUUGCAAACUAGAAAGAAAUGGCCUCGUCCCUUAUGCCCCUUCUCCAGGUGCCUCGUUCGGUCUUCUGUCUCACACACUCCGCAGCUUGCAAAGAGCCAACGCCUCCCACGCCUGUUUUUAUUCAGCAUUUCAGUCAUUCAUUUUUUUUCUCUAUGCAAGUUUAUAGAGUACCAAAGAGAGAGAGAGAGAGAGAGAGAGAGAGAGAGAGAGAGACAAUUAUACAGGGUAGGAAGAGAGUCAUACAGUAGAAGGUCUGGUUAAGAGGAGGAGGAGAAAGAAGAAGGAGAGGAAAGGAGAAGGAGGAGAAGUCGAGAGAAGGAUUUGACGGUUUCAUAUAAUAUAACAAACUAUCAUUAAGGUAUUUACAUGUAUGAGAGAGAGAGAGAGAAUAACAAAAAAUGAACGAUGUAUAAUACUAAGAAUAUUCAUAAGAUCAAUGUAACCUUAACCAAUGAGCUAAAAAAAACACUAUUAUAUGUCUAUACUUAUUAGCAGUAACAGUAGAACCAAAGGAUAGGAUAAAGUAGAGUGAUAAUGUGUGUAUCUGUGUCUGUAUCUAUGUGUGCGGAGAGAGAGAGAGAGAGAGAGAGAGAGAGAGUGCGAGUUAACCAGUUGUACAUAUGGUGUCGGUGUGUGUAUCUGUCCGUCAGUCAUUACUAGCAUCCGUAGACUGUACUCCUUUAUCUGUAGCCAAAACUCUUAUGUUAAUGUGUGAUCGCCAGUUUAAAAGCAUCGUUCCAGUCAAUGUUUGUCAGAAGAGAAACGCACGUCAAGGAGCUGAGGUGAGUCAUCAAAAAUUUACCAUAGAAAAUUAACUACGAUUCUUCUUCUUGCUAAUCGUCACUCCUACAAAAGCCAUCAGCGGGAGUGGCCAAAGGAGAUGUCAGUUUUGAAUGGCGAAGGGUCUUGAUAAUCCUAACAAGUGUUCAUUUAUAUGCCUCAGCUCAGUACUUAUGUAUUUACUUUAUUUCAUUUUAUAUUUUUCUUCUUGCUAAAGCCAACAUAUGGAGUGGCCCGAGGAAAGGUAGAUUUUGAAUGGAGAGGCAUCUUGAUACUCUUAGCAAGCGUUCAUUUAUAUGCCUCAGUCCAGGAUCUAUUUAUUUACUCUAUUUCAUUUUAUAUUAUCUUACUCUUUUACCUGUGUAUGGAUUGGAACGAUGCCUCUUACAAACUGACGCACACAUCCUUCUCACCGCGUCACAAAACACGCAGCCACAGACCAAACAAACCUUCAUGUACUCGGUCGGCAGUCAUGGUAGCUUCCCACCUUAACCCAACCUUAGGACACAUAAGUAUUCAGUGUAACCUUCAUGGAUGGUCACAGAAGUCAUAUCGAUGGGUAGUGACUGCAGGCUGGAGGGAGGGAAGAGUGUGGAGGAGAGCAUGGAGAGAGUUGGUUCAUUUUGUGGUUAAAGGACGAAGCUUGAAUGUCUUUUGUUCAUGUGGAAGGAAAGGAAAGUUUAGUGUAAGGUGAUUCUGUGUUGUCUAAGGAAGAAGUUUCAAUGCUUCCUCUGUCACGUGGAAGAAAAGAAAAGUUUAGUGUAAAUUGAUUCUGUGUUGUCUAAGGAAGAAGUUUCAAUGUUCCCUCUUUGUCACGUGGAAGGAAAGGAAAAUUUGACGUAGGCUUAACUUGUGUGGUUGUAGAAGGGAGUUGGAAUGUCUCUUUGUCUGUCAUUGUAGUCGGUUAGGGUUCAAGAAUUCAGGCUUUUGGGAGGAUCAUAGUUUCCAGGCUUUUAAGAAUUCAGAAUACCAAAGAGUCCAGAACAUUGGUGAGUCUUUUGGUGUUCUGGUAAGCCUCACAUAUCUCCGUAGAGGGACCUUGAGUGUUGGUCUCGCCGUGGUCGCCUGGCAGUCUGUCGUGGCUUGCGUCAUCGGUUCGCUCCGCACAAAUAUACAACACAAUCUCGUUAGUGUCUGCUGAGAUGUUUUUUGAAGAUGAAAUAGUGAUGCUCUUCCUCCUCAGCCUGUGACUCCCAUGAUAGACUGAUAAGGUUCUGGUUAGUUGUAUGUAAGGAAAAGGUGGUGAUAGAAAGUGUUCGUGCUAGGGUUUGUUUGCUAAAUUGUCUGCACUCUUCCAGUUGGUAAAAGACUACUGUGAAAUUCGUAGCCAAGGUAUGAGAAUGAGAGACUGUGAAAUUAAUUAUGGUUGAAUUACACACUGUUCACUAUAUGCAGCCUCUUCAGGAAUGACCGUAGCGUAAAACGAGCGCUGUGAUUUGAAGAGUGCGGACGAGUUAGCAAACACACCCUGCAUCGAAAGAAAGGCAGACAUAUUAUCAAACAUUUCAGGCUCUUAUUAUGACAUUUUUGAAGGCUGCAGAGGAGAUACGUUGAGUUUUCAGGAGUGUUUUCCCCUUUCAUGGCACAGAAGCCUUCCCAAACUACCUAAGGGUCCAGAAACCACCCAUGGAAACCCCUACAACUUCUGCAAGAGCCUUUUUAUAUAGACGUAGUAAGGUUCCGAAAAGUUUGAUAACAUGGGCCAGAGCUGCGAGGAGAGGUUACGUUGGAGUGUGGCUGUUCGUUCGUUCGUACACGCAUCACCAUAUGAGUCGGCGGUCUUCUUAGUGCAUGAUGCUACCGAGAAUUACUCUACCAUGUCUUUUUGUAUCAGUGAACCAAAGAGAAUAAACUGUAACGAUAACA